ACACGGCCCAACAAAUGAUGAUGAAGACUCUUCAACAAUAUUCGCUAUUAAUGAAUCUCGCCCCUUUCUCUUGUUGUUGUUGUUGGGACAACACAUUAUGUACGACGUACGUACAGUGCCUACAGACAAGAAAAAAAAUCCAAACUUUUGCACGUGAAAAGAACAUUAUGUUAGAGGAUUUGAUUUGAAGAAAUUUUUUUUUUUGAAGAGAUGAUGCUACAAAAUAAAGAACAAGAAAAAAAAAAAAAAUUCUAAAUGUCAAGUUAUGAAUGUGCUAAAGUAUAAAAAGGCACCAUUAAAAUCAUGGACCGAAAAAAAAUUAAUCUUUGAUCAACAACAACAACAACAACGGUUUUUUAAAUCGCCCAAAAAACAAUUGUUUUUUUCUCUAUUUUUCCAGAAUAAUUUUUCAACAAUAUAAAAAAUCCAGAAUAAUUCUAUUAUCAUGCAGAUCAAGUCUAUCGUAAAAAUUUCAUUCAUAUUUGCCACAUUUUUUACCACUUGUUUGGCACAAAAAGGUGGCUCAUAUGGUAAAACUUUAUUGAAUGAAAAUCGUAGUCCAGCCCGUCAGAUUCAACAACAACAACAACAACAAAUUCUUCAACAAGCCGCUAUUGCACCGAAUGUUCAGCCAAUUGUACAACAAACUUUUCAACCAGCUCCAGUUCAACAGUACGAAGAUGAUCAAGCAGCCAUUGCAGGUCCAAUUCGUCAACGACCAAGUGAUCAAGCAGCUAUAGCUGCACCAAUACCUGAUGGUGAUGAUGAUAAUCAACAUCCAGCACCUGAACCAUAUACAUUUUCCUAUGCAGUGAAUGAUGAACAAAGUGGUUCCGAAAUGUCUCGUGAAGAAUCACAAGAUGCUAACGGAAAUAUUGUCGGAUUCUAUCUUAUUCGUGAUUCUGAAAAUCGUAUGAGACGUGUGGAUUAUACCGCCGGCCCUGAAGGUUUUCGGGCCAUAAUCCGUUCUAAUGAAGAAGGUCUAGCAAAUAAAGAUUCUGCUGAUGCAAAAUAUGAGGUGGAUGAAGUCCCAGCCGAUCGACAAAAUGCUGCUGCACUUGCAGCACAAUCACGUUCACAAGCUGCCGGUUACGGACAACAACAACAACAAACAGGACCAUCCGGUUCAUUGAGUGGUUCAUCGUAUACGAGUGGUGCUGUUACGCCACAACAACCACAACAACAACAAUCAAGCUAUGCAUUAGCCGGUAAUGAACGUCAACGUAUACAACCACAAACAAUUAAAGGAUCACCAAAAACGCCAAGUUCAUUUGUUUCACCUGCACAACAACAAAGACCUGUUGCACCAUUAAUUAAACAAACAUUUCAACCGGCUCCAAUUGUUCAACAGCAACCAGCUCAAUCCGAUUCUUAUUUUCCAUCAAGAUCAUCUUCCGCCACUUUAGCUGCUUCUUCACAAGAUUUUGAACAUCAACAACAACAGCAACAAAGUGAAGAGGCUUUCUUUUGAAAUCCAACAUAAAAAUAUUAGCUCUCAUCUAAUCCAUCCAUUUACACCAUCACCCACCAAAAAUCAUCAUUUUUUAAUAU